AUGAUCUCAAUGACACAUGGCAUGAGUAAGAAUAAGCAACAACAUUAUUACACGAACAAUCAAGGUACAUCCUCGUACUCGUCGUCGAGCACGUCUUCAUCGUCAACUUCAUCAACAGCAGUUGCUUCGUCCAAUAGUGAAAAUGAACCUGGAGAUUUUCUCAUCGGCUAUGGUGCAUUCGGCGUCAUUUGGGCGGUGACAGAUCCGCGAACAAGUCGACGCGUGGCUUUGAAGAAAAUGCCCAAUGUCUUCCAGUCCGUUGUUGCAGCUCGAAGAGCAUUUCGAGAAAUCAAAAUGCUCUGCACAUUUCGACAUGAUAAUAUUCUUCAAGCUAUUGAUAUACUCCAACCACCUAGUCAAGUUGAAUUAUUCAAUGAAGUGCAUAUCUUAGCUGAAUUGAUGCAGAUUGAUUUACAUAAAAUCAUUGUUUCACAGCAGGCUCUAUCUAUAGACCAUUGUAAAGUGUUUCUCUAUCAGAUUCUUCGAGGGUUGAAAUUUCUUCACUCAGCUGGCGUUAUUCAUCGCGAUUUAAAACCGGGAAAUCUUCUAGUUAACAGCGAUUGCUUACUAAAGAUUUGCGACUUCGGCUUGGCUCGUACUGAAGAAUUAGAUCGAACGAAACGAAUGACUCAAGAAGUUGUGACACAAUACUACCGUGCACCAGAAUUACUACUCGGUGCGCAACAUUACUCCUAUGCCAUUGAUGUUUGGAGUGUUGGAUGUAUAUUCGCUGAACUACUUGGGAGAAGGAUCCUCUUCCAAGCAUCGUCACCGCUCAAACAACUUGAUUUAAUACUCAAUCUACUGGGUACACCACCCUUAGAAGAGAUCUCGUCUGCGUGUGAUGGUGCUAAAUCGUAUAUAUUGUCGAAAACUUGGCGUGCAUCAAAAGUCAAUACACUUUAUUCUCUGUCAAAAAAUGUUACCCAUGAAGCUGUACAACUUUUAUUACGAAUGUUAACAUGGGAUCCAAAAAAGAGAAUCACAAUAAAUCAAGCAUUAGAAAAUAAUUAUAUUCACGAAGGACGUAUCCGUUAUCACUCAUGUAUGUGUCGCUGUUGUUUUUCCACGCCCAACGGACGUCAGUAUACUGUCAGUCUUGAACCUGUUCGCGGAUUCCGUUAUGAUGACUCUGAUGAAAGUUUCACGAGUUUACGUCAAGCGAAAGAAUAUAUGCACAAACUAUUGAUGGAGUUCAGUCAGGCUAACAGUGUACCGCUUCGACUGAAUCAUGAUUCGCCAAUAUACAAAACAUUUGCUACAUCACAGGUUGCUCAAGCACAUGAACUUCCGCCAUCACCAGUCGCUUGGGAGAAGCUUUGA